AUGCCUUCGCGACCCCAGCCCGUCGCCUUCGCUCCGCCCGUCGCCUUCGCUUUCCACGCAUGUCGCCUUCACUUCCCCUCCCCCGUCGCCUUCACUUCCCCCCCACCCCGUCGCGCUCAGUCCCCCCUCCCGUCGCCUUUCCCGCCCGUCGCCUUCGCUUCUCCCGCCCGUCGCCUUCCCUUCCCCCGCCCGUCGCUCUCGCUUCCCCCGCCCGUCGCACUCGCUUCCCCGCCCGUCGCUCUCGCUUCCCCCGCCAGUCGCACUUCGCUUCCCCGCCAGUCGCACUCGCUUCCCGCCCGUCGCCUUCACUACCCCUCCCAUUGCCGUUCACUCUCUCCUGCUCACGCUCUCCCCCCCGCGCACUCUCUGCACAACCCUUCCCCUCUCUUCUCUCCUGUACACUCCCUUUCCCCCUGUUCUAACCCCUCUCUUUCCCCCUUCACUCAACCCUUUCCCCCUGUUCACUCUCCUCCCCCCUGCUCACUCCCUUCCCCCCUGCUCACUCUCUUCCCCCCUGCUCACUGCUCACUCUCUUUCCUCCUGCUCACUCUCUCCCCCCGUGCUCACUCUCUCCCCCCGUGCUCACUCUCUCCCCCCCUGCUCACUCUCUCCCCACCUGCUCACUCUCUCCCCCCUACUCACUCUCUCCCCACCUGCUCACUCUCUCCCCCCUGCUCACUCUCUCCCCACCUGCUCACUCUCUCCCCCCGUGCUCACUCCCUCCCCACCUGCUCACUCUCUCCCCACCUGCUCACUCUCUACCCCCCUGCUCAAUCUCUCCCCCCGUCAAUCUCUUUCCGCUGCUCACUCUCUCACUCUCUUCCCCCCUGCUCACUCCCAUGCUCACUCUCUCCCCCCCUGCUCACUCUCUCCCCCCGUGCUCACUCCCUCCCCACCUGCUCACUCUCUCCCCACCUGCUCACUCUCUCCCCACCUGCUCACUCUCUCCCCACCUGCUCACUCUCUCCCCACCUGCUCACUCUCUCCCCCCGUGCUCACUCUCUCCCCCCGUGCUCACUCUCUCCCCCCCUGCUCACUCUCUCCCCACCUGCUCACUCUCUCCCCCCUACUCACUCUCUCCCCCCGUGCUCACUCUCUCCCCCCUGCUCACUCUCUCCCCCUGUGCUCACUCUCCCCCCCCGUUUUCACUCUCUCCCCCCGUGCUCACUCUCUCCCCCCGUGCUCACUCUCUACCCCCCUGCUCAAUCUCUCCCCCCGUCAAUCUCUUUCCGCUGCUCACUCUCUCACUCUCUUCCCCCCUGCUCACUCCCAUGCUCACUCUCUCCCCCCCUGCUCACUCUCUCCCCCCGUGCUCACUCUCUCCCCCCCUGCUCACUCUCUCCCCCCGUGCUCACUCUCUCCCCCCGUGCUCACUCUCUCCCCCCUGCUCACUCUCUCCCCCCCUGCUCACUCUCUCCCCCUGUGCUCACUCUCCCCCCCCGUUUUCACUCUCUCCCCCCGUGCUCACUCUCUCCCCCCGUGCUCACUCUCUCCCCCCCUGCUCACUCUCUUUCCCCGUGGACUCACCCAUCUUUCCCCCCUGUUUACUCUCUAUUCCCCUUUGUUCAACCCUUUUUCCCCACAGUCCCUCUCAUUUACUCUGUUCAGACCCCUCGUUUUCCCCUGCUUACUGGCUUUCCCCCCCUGCUCACCCCCUUCUCCCCCCUGCUCACCCCCUUCUCCCCCCUGCUCACCACCUUCUCCCCCCUGCUCACUCUCUUUCCCCUUUUGCUCACCCCUUCUGCCCCGUCCACAUCCAACCCUCGCUUAUCUGCCAUAUCCCCGCUUCCCUCCCCGUUCUAUCACAGAACCAUGCUUGGACAGCGCUCCUCACUGCCCGCCUGCACGCCCUGCCACGGGUGUGCGGUUCAGCGCUCUCCUCCAAUGCUGCAGCAGCACCUGCCAUGCGAGCGGGGUUGGUGCGAGAGAGAGGAGGAGGCUGGUUCAAGCUUGCUGUGCUGCCAUGGGGUUGUGUGGGGCACAGCGCAGGGGGGAAGGGAGAAUCAGAGAGAAGGAAAGAAGGGUGCAAGGGUGGGGGGAAGCGUGGGUGACGGUGCGAAGGAGUGUAGGGAGAGUGGGAGGAAGCGAGGGCGACGGUGGGAGGAAGCGUGGGCGACGGUGGGAGGAAGCGUGGGCGACGGUGGGAGGAAGCGUGGGCGACGGUGGGAGGAAGCGUGGGCGACGGUGGGGGAAAGCGUGGGCGACGGUGGGGGAAAGCGUGUGCGACGGUGGGGGGAAGCGUGGGCGACGGUGGGGGGAAGCGUGGGCGACGGUGGGGGGAAGCGUGGGCGACGGUGGGGGGAAGGGAUCGGGGACGUAAAAGUGCCGGCGUUGUAG